GCCAGUGGUGCUGACCUGCAGACCAGAGUAAAAUGGUCUAACUCUCCGUGGGACGGGCUUGCUCGCCAUGGAAGCAGAGAACGAGACAGAUAUGAACUUUCUCAUGGGUCAGUUCUACUCGAUGUCCGACGCCAAGGAGGGGGCUUACCGCGGUAAGCUCAACUAUUACCUCAUGGGCAUCGGGGGCAGCAUCGUUUGCUGCCUGGGCACUAUCGCCAACGCGUUGUCCGUGGCCGUGCUGACCCGUCGAGCCAUGAGGUCCAGCACGUACAUGUACCUGUCAGCGUUGGCCAUCUGUGACUCUCUCGUCCUGCUCUUUACCCUGCUCAUCAUGCUCAAGGACACACAGCACCCUGACGGCCCACAGAACCUUGACCAGUUCUACGCCGUCCUCUUCCCCUUCGUCCACCCCACUGCCAUCGUCUUUCAAGUGACCUCCAUCUGGCUGACCCUGGCCUUCACGGUGGACCGUUACAUCAUGAUCUGCCACCCGUUUAAAGCGGAGACCAUGUGCCGCCGUAGCCGGGCGCGCAAGGUGGUGAUAGCGCUGUACUUGGCCGGGCUUAUCUUCAACAUCCCCCGCUACCUGGAGUACUACACCAAGGUGGAGAAGUUCAAGAUGCCCCAGAACUCGACCAGUGAGGAGUACAAUGUCUAUUUCAUAGCCCAGACCGCCUUGGGCAGGAACGACCUUUUCCUGAAGGUCAUCCACUCCGGCCUGUACCUGACUUUUGUUUGUGGCAUCCCCUUCCUCACCCUCGUCAUAUUGAACGCUUUUCUCAUCCGCGCGGUGCACCUGUCCAGGUUGAAAGGUAAGGAGAUCAACGCCCGUGAGAAACAUCGCAACGACACUACCAUCAUGUUGAUCGGCGUCAUCAUCAUCUUCCUCAUCUGCCAGGGCCCUGCCCUCGUCUCCCGCAUGAUCUACGCCUUUGAGAUCGCCGCCACGGCCAAGAAGUCCAUCUACACGCUCAACGAGGUGGGCAGCUUCCUGGUCAUGCUCAACUCUGCCAUCAACAUCGUGCCCUAUUACCUGUUCGGACGGAAGUUCCGCAGCGAGUUCUGGCGAAUCUUCUGUACUUGUUUCUUCGACUCGGACGAACUCCGGCGGAUCGUGCGCAGCUACAGCGUGUCCGUGGACCACCGGCGCAUGAGCCAGUACAACGUGAUGGAGAUGAACGGCGUCCCCAACGACAACAUCCACCCCGGCCUGGAUGACCGCACCCUCAUGGCCACUGAGGGCGGCGAGUUACGCCCCCAGAAAGAAUGUAACGGCGCCCCCGUGAGGAGCGAGACGUCUGAGAGCGUGGCCAUGCCCCUGAUACACAGCACCAACUACUCGCUCAACGGCCUGGUCAACACAGACCUCAGCAGAGACUCGCUCAAAGACUCGCCAUCACAGCCGCUCUCCCCGACCGUCUCACGGCCCAACGGUCACGCGCAGUACAUGACCAUCACUGCCAGCCCCUGUGUGUGCGAGCCUGUCUGGUCAGUUGUCUGACCGCCGUGCUGGUACAGUUG